AUGUCCCACCCCUUCCUCCCAUUCCCCUUCAUCUGUCCCAAUAGUUACAUUGAAACCUUGCACACCUUUAUCCAGACCCACAAGUGGUUAUCCGAGUUUUAUGCCAUCGCCUUCAUAACCACCGACUACUGGAACACGGGACCAAUACCUCCGCAAUGGAAGAUAUUGGAAUGGGAGAACGAUGAUACAUUAUGCCGGGUUGCUAGUGAAGGUUUUAUCAAGGAUGAGUGGCCAGAGAGCUUGAAACAGUUUGUGCUGGAGGCCAGUAGAUUGGGAAUGAAGCGGGAUGCAAGGAAUUUUGAAGAUGUUGAAUUUGCAGACAUAUCUCCAAGGAUUGCAGUUGGAAUGAACACAAAGAAAGUUAAAGAGACAGGUCCGCUAGCCUCCAUCAUCAGAACGCUGUCGCAAACUCAGCAUAUAUCGCAUAUUCUCGACCUUGGUGCUGGGCAAGGCUAUCUCUCAUCCGUCCUCGCCUACCAAUACAACCUAAAUGUGCUCGCCAUUGAUGGGUCGUCGUCACAAAUAGCAGGAGGACGCCGUCGUGCAGAAAAUAUCAAAAAGAGGAUUGGAGAUGGUCAAGGCCGUUUGGUGUUCCUGGAGAGGAGUGUACAGGAAGAAGAGGAUUUGGAGAGGUUCAUGGGAGUGGGCACCAAUUGCUUUGGGGAAGGACGGUGGGGCAUAUGUGGGUUGCAUACAUGCGGAGAUCUCGCCUCAACAACAAUACGAGGGUUCCUCACCAGCCGUGCGAGUGUCCUGGUGAAUGUCGGAUGCUGUUAUAACAAACUUACGGAAAAAGGGUUUCCAAUGAGCCAACACUACAAGUCCCGUAACUGGACCCUCUCGGCCAAUCUUUUGAUGGUGGCUUGCCAAGCACCCAGCCGGUGGACAACAACAAGUACUACCAAGAUGUCUUUUAACAACCUCUACUAUCGCGCUCUCCUCCAAGACAUCCUCGUAUCCAACAACUACCCUACGAUAACAUCUCUCAGAUCUCUCCCGCAAUCCGCAUUUACGGAUUUUGAAACGUACAUCCGAACGGCACUCAACCGCCUCCAGCUUCCUAUGCCUUCAACGCCCCUCCAAGUAUACCUGGCAAAACAUCAAAAUGCCAGACGCCAAAUUGCUGCACUGUGGACGUUGCGUGCUCUCAUCGCGGAUGUGGUGGAGUCCUUUAUAUUGAUGGACAGAUGGAGUUUUGGGAGGGAAUUGGAUGGUGUGAAGGUUUUUUUGGAGCCAGUUGUGGAUCCUGUUGUAAGCCCAAGGAAUAUGGCGAUCGUUUUUAUCAAUGAAAGAAAACAGCAAGAGUGA